AUGAGGCGCCUAGCCACCGCUGCACCACCACCCACCGCCGCCAACCUCCACCUAUGGAACUCCCCAAUUCCCUACCUCUUCGGCGGCCUAUUUCUCACCAUGCUUCUCAUCGCCGUAGCUCUCAUCAUCCUCGCAUGCUCCUUCCGUAAACGCUUCUUCACCGGCCACUCUUCACCCGGCAGCCAGAAGGACCCACCAGUCACCGGCUCCGCCGCCAUGGAGCUCGUAAUGGAGCCAAAGAUUUUGGUCAUCAUGGCCGGAAACAACACACCCACGUUCUUGGCUAUGCCUGCAGCCGCCGCUCUCGGCAACGUCCCACGGCGGUGCAGUUGCACGGCAAUCCAACAAGAUGACAAACAGAAUCACUCAGCUGCUUGA